CGCCCCGGGGCUCGAGCGAGCGCGGCUUGAGGAGGAGGCGAGGCCCGCGGAGCCCCGCAGCCCGCCCGCCGGGGCAGCAUGAGGCUGGCGGAGCGGCUGCGCAAGGACUGGUUCCUGGUGGGCAUCGUGGUGGCCAUCGCCGGCGCCAAGCUGCGGCCGUCGGUGGGCGUGAACGGGGGGCCACUGAAGCCAGAAAUAACCGUAUCCUACAUUGCUGUUGCCACAAUAUUCUUUAACAGUGGACUGUCAUUAAAAACAGAGGAGCUGACGAGUGCUUUGGUGCAUUUAAAACUACAUCUCUUUAUUCAGAUCUUUACGCUUGCAUUCUUCCCAGCAACGAUAUGGCUCUUUCUUCAGAUUUUAUCAAUCACAACCAUCAAUGAAUGGCUGUUAAAAGGUUUGCAGACAGUAGGUUGCAUGCCUCCCCCAGUGUCUUCUGCAGUGAUUUUAACCAAGGCGGUUGGUGGAAAUGAGGCAGCUGCGAUAUUUAAUUCAGCCUUUGGAAGUUUUUUGGGCAUCGUUGUAACACCCUUGCUACUGCUGCUUUUUCUUGGUUCAUCCUCUUCUGUGCCUUUUACAUCUAUUUUCUCUCAGCUUUUUAUGACCGUUGUGGUUCCUCUCAUCAUUGGACAGAUUGUCCGAAGAUACAUCAAGGAUUGGCUUGAGAGGAAGAAACCUCCAUUCGGUGCUAUCAGCAGCAGCGUGCUCCUCAUGAUCAUCUACACCACGUUCUGUGACACGUUCUCUAACCCGAAUAUCGACCUGGAUAAAUUCAGCCUCGUACUCAUCCUGUUUAUAAUAGUUUCUAUCCAGCUGAGUUUCAUGCUAUUAACCUUCAUCUUUUCAACAAGGAAUAACUCGGGCUUCACAGCAGCAGAUACAGUGGCUAUCAUCUUCUGUUCUACACACAAAUCCCUUACGUUGGGAAUUCCAAUGCUGAAGAUUGUAUUCGCAGGCCAUGAGCAUCUCUCCUUGAUCUCUGUGCCUCUGCUAAUCUACCAUCCAGCCCAGAUCCUCCUGGGAAGCGUGCUGGUGCCAACAAUCAAGUCUUGGAUGGUGUCACGGCAGAAGGGAGUGAAGCUGACCAGGCCCACGGUGUAGGGCAGGACGCCCACUUUCUGUAGCAGUGUAUAUAUGUACAGGAUUGUACGUUGACACAAUUCUGAAGACUCGUACUCGUGAAUGUUGCUUUGAUGCAUAUUUUAUUUUUCUACAGACAAAAAAAUUAUAUACCUGUUUUAGUGCCUUAAAAAAAAAAUGAACUCCAUGAGAACGUUACUUCCAAAACAUACUCUGUUGUUUACUGCCAGUGGUGGUAGACUAUUUUGGAGUUUUUUUUUUUUCCUAAAUGCAGAAAACACUCAUAGGAAAGA